ACACCAUGUUUACCUACUCCUUGUCACCUUCAAUAUUACAAGCUCUCAUUCUUCGACCAAAUAUCUGUGAAGGAACAUGUCCCCAUUGUUCUUUUCUAUGCUAAUAAUAAAUUCAUCAACAACUUCACAAUCGAUGAACGAAUUGAACAAUCUCUUUCGAAGGUAUUAACUCAUGUUUAUCCAGCAGCAGGAAGGUACGAUAAAGAUGAAUGUUCGAUUCUUUGUCUUGAUCAAGGUAUUUCUUAUACUAAGGCCAAGGUAAAUUGUAAGUUGAAUAAUUUCUUAGAGAAAGCACACAAGGACCUUAGUCUUGCAGCUUUAUUUUGGCCACAUGAAAAUAAGUAUAUAAAUAAAAGCAAUUUAAUGGUUUCACCAAUUGUAACGGCACAAGUAACUGAGUUUGAAUGUGGUGGUCUCGCGGUCUCAUUAAGUAGUUCACACCCUGCCAUGGAUGGUUUCUCAAAUAUUAAAUUUCUUUUUGAGUGGGCAAAAGUGUGUAAAAUGGAAACUCCUAUUGAGAAUAUUAAUUUUCUAAGAUUCAAUUUAGGUAAUGUUUUUCCAACAAGAGAUAUAUCAAGACUUUUCAAGUCGACUUAUGAUCCAGUUAUAGAGAAAGAUAUUGUUAUUAGGAGAUUUAGCGUCACCAGAUGA